UAUACCCCCGUGGUGAGUUGCUGAAGAGCUGCAGUGUUUCGCGACGGAGACACCAUUUCAAAGGAACAGCAAAAAAUAGAGAUUACGAUCUCCAGUGACGUUUGUGAUUCCAUUUUUUGCCAGAUUUUGUGAUUAGGAUAAAAAUGAUCAGAGCUUCCCUCGUUACGAUAUUGGCUGUUGUGGCUGCAACGCACGGUGCAUUCAAUUGUCCGAAUAAAGAUGGCCAGUACGAAGAUUCAAAGCAAUGCGACAAAUACUACGAAUGCGUUGACGGCAUAGCGACGGAGAAACUUUGCCCAGAUGGACUUGUUUUCGAUCCUCUGAACCGUAAGGUGAACAAAUGUGAUCAUGUCUUCAACGUCGAUUGCGGAGAUCGUCUCGAACUACAACCACCUCAGCCAACCAAGAAGUGUCCACGAAGAAACGGUUUCUUUGCUCACCCAGAUCCAUCGGUCUGUAACAUCUUUUAUAAUUGCAUCGAUGGCGAGGCCAUUGAAAUCACUUGUACAACUGGAUUGCAUUUCGAUGAAUAUAGUGGCACUUGUGUGUGGCCUGACAGCGCUGGACGUGAAGGAUGUGGUGUAGUGGGAAAGAAAUUGAAAGAUGGAUUCGAAUGUCCGAAAGAAAGUCAAGUCGACACUAGGGGAAUGGUAGUCGAUCAUCCUAAAUUUGCUCACCCAGAUGACUGUCAAAAGUUCUAUGUUUGCCUCAAUGGUGUGACUCCGCGUGAACAAGGUUGUAGCGAUGGUACUGUUUAUAACGAGGAACAACAAAGAUGUGACGCUCCUGAGAACGUUCCUGGAUGUGAGGAUUGGUACAAGGAUGACGACAAGAAACCAUGAAGCACCUUCUAAAUUAAUAUGUCCCGCAUCGGGAUUCAAAUUCAUCGUAAAAUCACGUCAUCCUCGUUUAGUGUGUAUUCAUGUGUGUGCUUAGAAUGUUCAUAAAUAAUAAAUUCUAUUUUACCUUAA